AUGCUUGCUGAAAGUGUUCUUCUUGAAACGAGUCGUUCGCGUGUCGGCACAAUGGGCAUGACUCAGGGAGUGCGGCGACUUUAUGGAAGCUUCAGGUCGAUGGCAGCCAAGUUGACGGCGAUUUGCUUGAGUGGAGUUGUACUGCUUUCUGCUGGACAGGACGUUGCCGACAAAUUUCUCGAAGUUCUUCAGCAUCGGAAUUCGCAAGAUACCCCCCAAUCAGGUAACAGCCAGUCUGGUCCAACAUUCACUAAUGGAAUCGCCAGAUGCGAAUUGAGUACGGCUGGCCCCGUUGGUUAUGCGGAAUCACCAGUUACAGAGCUGACAUUAUCCAAAGAGAAUCUCACAGCUAAAUUAGAGUGUUCUGGUCAAAACAACGUUGCGGUUCCAAGUAAUUUAGCGAACGUUUGUGACCCCAACCAGAAGGCCAGUGACGGCACGUGCAAUUUCGGAGCAGCAGAUAGUUCUCAAGGCAACGGCGGCAAAGAGGUCACACUGCAAACACUUCUCGGAGCAGGCGAACAUGUGAAGUGGAAAAAAGAAAAAUCGACACCCAGAACUGAAGGCAACGGCGAAACAUGGAGUCUCAGCUUCACUGAGGGCGAUCUUCCUUUAACAGACAAGCGCUUCCUCGUUGGGUGCCAAUCGAGUGAAAAUGUUGUUGAAAAAAACGCCGAGCCAUCCUGCAAAGUGCCAGUACAUGUGGAAGCGAGACCUUCGUCCGAAACCAACAACGUUGUCACUUGCGCCUACGGUCAAAACAGCAACACAAACGCCUUGGAGGUCGAGCUCACAGCAGAGAAAAACGCUGUGACCAUCGAGUGUGGUAGCGUCGGCUCCCUAAUGCCUGGAAUCACGACCACUCACUACUGUGCACCAGACGAUGGAAAUUUGGAUGACUGCACAGCGAAGAAAUAUGUCGACGCUCUGCCGAUGUUUGAGGAGAGUUGGGUGAAGCAGGACGGGGAGAAAUCUUCAGUCACAUUGACGAUCCCCGAAUCCGGAUUUCCGGUCGAGGAUCAGAAACUCCGCUUGGGAUGUGUUCCUAAGGCAGAUUCGACAAAGCUGAGUAGCAGAGGGGAGACUGCUACAGCGUUUGGAGAAAAAACAUCGAGUUGCAAUGUUAUCGUGACGGUCAGAGCGUCGAACGCCCCAUCGUCUGCAGUAUCCACCCUGCAAGCGGCGGCUGUUGCCUCCGGCGCUGUCGCCGUCGCCGGGGUUCUUUCUGGUUCCCUGUUCUAG